AUGAAAAAUGACCAGGAAUUAUCCUCUUUUAAGGUUCUUCUUAUUAAUGAAAAUUUAGAAGAGACAAAGAGAAUAUUCACGAGAAAGCUGGACGUAUUCAGAAACGAGAUUAGAACUGCAAGUGACCUUAUUCUUCAAAAUCUUCCUCGCGAUGACUUCGCCACGUGUUUGAUCCCAGCAGAUGUCAACCAGGUCAAAGGCGAACGUUUUUUUGCAAUCAAAGCUACGACAAACGUCGGAGACUGCUUGUUUAACUCCAGUUCAAUUCUUCUACACGGGAAUGAAUCUCCUGCAACAGUAUUGCGCCUCUUAGUUGCAGGUGAAUUAUGUUUUAAUGCGCAGUUUUAUUGUGACCAUGAUGCUUCUAACGGUAUGAAACGAAGACAAACAUGGCGCUGCUAG